AUCUCUCAAAGUACCCAAACGUCCCCCUUAAGGUUUUGCUGUAGUUGUAGGUUGAUCCGUAAAAUAAUUGGCCUGCCUCUGUCUGUGUCUCUCUCUUCGUCUCUUUGAGCUCGGCCAUGGCUCUCCUGACACGAACCGCGAGGCGCCUUCCGCUGUCGCUCUCGGCUCAGCGUGUCCUCUCCCUCCACACCACCCUCCCUUCCCUCUCUUCGAGCUCCAGCCCCAGCCCCACUCCUUAUGCGCGGGCUCCACCCCCUUCGGCCUCUCACUCUCCAGCGGGCCUCUCCAAGGCCGCGGAGUUCGUGAUCUCCAAGGUAGACGAUCUCAUGAACUGGGCACGCCGCGGUUCCAUCUGGCCCAUGACCUUUGGUCUCGCCUGCUGCGCCGUCGAGAUGAUGCACACCGGCGCCGCCCGCUACGAUCUUGAUCGCUUCGGAAUCAUCUUCCGCCCCAGCCCUCGCCAGUCCGAUUGCAUGAUCGUUGCCGGCACUCUCACCAAUAAGAUGGCCCCCGCUCUCCGCAAGGUUUAUGACCAAAUGCCGGAGCCUAGGUGGGUCAUCUCCAUGGGAAGUUGUGCAAAUGGUGGUGGGUACUACCACUACUCGUACUCCGUUGUUCGAGGUUGUGACAGGAUUGUGCCCGUUGACAUCUAUGUUCCUGGUUGCCCUCCUACUGCAGAGGCCUUACUCUAUGGACUUCUCCAGCUGCAGAAGAAGAUCAACAGGCGCAAGGAUUUCCUCCACUGGUGGACAAAGUGAGUGAGGGUGUUCACAUUUGAAGAAAGAUCCUUAUCACACACUAAUAAGUAGUUCCAUCUGUGUGGCCAUGUAAAGGGAGAACUGUGUUUAAUUUACAAGUUAUGAAUUUAGAGAGUACUGGCAGCACUUCACGUCUCGUAUUUUGUUUCAUGUUGUUCUAUGUACGGAGCUUUUAUGGUGGCUCCAUAUUCUGUACAACAUUUUUUUUUUGUCUGUUUUAAGUUGCUCGAGGUGCCUUAUGGGAUUAAAUAACGGGUUAAAGACUUAGAAGUGUUUGCAGUUUGCUUCAAAGUCAAAUUGGUUCAUCUGGGUUUCAAUUGAACUUUUUACUCGGUAAUUGUAAGAAUGAUUGAAUUAGUUUUUUUGUUUA